CAAAAACUGGAUAAGUUCUCAACUGGUCUCCGUCGUCCCCAAUUUUUGCCGGCCAGAGAAAUGACCACCAUCACCACCGCGCACGGUGCCUCAAUUAUUCCUUUUACGCGCGCUUCAAGCUUGACGGUGAAGCCAAAACGGCGCAGUUUUAGCACUAGAUUCAGGUGCGCAUUGCUGCCGGAGAGGAAGCCAGAGAGCAGACGAUUGGUCUCCUUGUUACUUGUUUCCCUCAAUUUCUUCCCUCUCACCAAAGAUGCAAUGGGCGCCAGCAUUUUGGACAACUAUGUGAAAAAGAAAAAGCUUGAUCCGCUAGAAGCUUAUAUACCAGCUGUUAUUUUGACUGAAUUACAGAUUAAGGAAUUGGGGCAAUAUCUUGAAGUUGAUCAACCAAGAUUUGCUGAUUGCCGCACUCUUUUAAGAUCCGGUCCUGCAUCUUCUUUGCGUGUUAAUAUUCGAGCGGUAGCACAAUAUGCAUCGGAAGCUGGGAAUGGCAAAUCUGCCUUUAAUGAGGUUGAUCAGUGUUUAAGAGCCUUGGAAGAACUCGAUUCACUGCUGCUGCGGGCAUCCAGAAAUGAUUCAAAUGCUUCAACAAUUGAAUCGAUGAAGGUGAAUGUUGUUACUGUCCUCACUGCACUGAAUAGCCUUCUCAAAACUGUUCCAGCUGAAAUGCUGGACAAGGGGAAAGCUAUGGCAGAUGCAUACUUGAGCCCAGGAGAAGAUUCCGCAGCACCUGAUAACCUAGAUCCUCAGAUAAAGCAGCUCGAAUCAAUAUUGUAAAUUGUAAGUUAAAAAAUACACAAAUAUUUACUUCAAGAUUCAUAUAAUUCACUGCUCGUGAAAGUACUACAUUAUCAAAUACAGCUCUACAAAACCAAGUUGAACAUGAAAAACCAAAUUUUCCUG